CCAAGCAACACAACGGCCCCUCCCGAAGAACAAUUAGCUUUAUCAUCAUCGAUUCCCCAAUGUCAACGGCCUCCUCCUCGCCGUCGUCCCCUGCGCUCGCCCUCCCCCGCCCAAGCCCAAGAACUCGAUCCCCAACCUCCCUCGCCGUCGCCGCCCUCCGUACCUCCAUGGAAACCCCUCCUCCCCCGCCGAAGCGCGUCGUCGUCUGCGGCGGCGGCGUCAUCGGCGUCUGCACCGCCUACUUCCUCUCCAAGUCCUCCGCCGCCGCCUCCGUCGCCCUCGUCGAGCAGUCCUCCGUCGCCUGCGCCGCCUCCGGGAAGGCCGGCGGCUUCCUCGCCCUCGACUGGUGCGACGGCGGCCCCCUGGGCCCCCUCGCCCGCGCCAGCUUCGACCUCCACCGCGCGCUCGCCGAGGAGCUCGACGGUCCCCGGGCCUACGGCUACCGAGCCCUCACCACUCUCAGCCUCACCGUGAAGGAAUCGGAAACGGAGUCGGGUCAGCAGCGGAAGCGGCCCCCUCCUCGCGACGGCGUCCUGCCCUACUGGGUCGACGGGCCGGGCCGGGCCGCGAGGGAGAUCGGGUCGACGGGCACCACAGCCCAGGUCCACCCCCAGCUCUUCACCCGGGCUCUGCUGGACAAGGCCGUGAGGGACUACGGGCUGGAGGUGGUGAUCGGGAAGGCGGCGAGGGUCGACGCGGGCGACGGCGGCGGCGGCGGCGGCGGGGGGAGGGUGUCGUCGGUGGUGCUGGAGGGAGGGCGGGUCAUGGAGGCGGACGCGGUGGUGCUGGCGCUCGGGCCGUGGUCGGGUAAGUUCGGGCUUCUGUCGUCGCUGUUCGGGGUCUACGGGCUUAAGGCCCACAGCAUCGUCUUGGAGCCGAGAGAGCCCGGCGCGAUAGGCCCGGAAGCUCUGUUCCUGAGCUUCUUGCCCGCCGCCGGCGGCCCGGCCAUGGACCCAGAAGUCUACCCUCGCCCCACUGGGGAGGUCUAUUUGUGUGGGAUGUCGUCCCGGGAGGAGGUGCCGGACGACCCCGAUGAGGUCGCGCCGGACCCGGAAUCCAUAAAGGUGCUGAAGCGGGUGGCUCGGGCCGUGUCGACUCACUUGGCGGCAGAGGGCGGGGCGCGCGUGAAGGCAGAGCAAGCCUGCUUCUUGCCGUGCACCGAGGACGAGGUCCCUGUGAUCGGGGAGCUGCCGGGCUUGGAAGGUUGCUACGUGGCGACUGGCCACAGCUGCUGGGGCAUCCUCAACGGGCCCGCUACCGGGGCUGCGGUGGCGGAGCUCGUGCUCGAAGGGCGGGCUCGGACGGUGGACCUGACUCGGUUCAGCCCCGCGCGAUUUGUAGGCUCUAGGAAGAGAUAAAAUGUGUUGCAUUCGGAAGUGUAAAUUGUGUUUGUUUUCUAUCAAGUCGACGAUUUUCGAUUUUUUUUUUAACGUGAUUUUUCCUUCUUCUCUCCUUCAUCUUCUUCUAUAAGAUUUUCCUAGGGAAAUAUACCAAGAAACCCUAUAUUAAAUUAUAAACGGAUGUAAAAUUUGAUUGCUUUUUUUUAUUUCUUAAAAUGAUUAUCGUUUGGCA